AUGUCCAAACCUCUGUCUCCGUUGCCGACCUCGCGCCAAAAUUCGCGGGCCUUUUCGUCGGGCUUGAAUGGAUUGGAAAUUGAAUCCUUGGUGAACGAGAGCGGAUCCGAGAAUGUCUUUGCGAGUCCGAACAAAACGACUGACGGCGGCGCCGAUACAACUACCCCCCAAAGUGGGCACUAUCCAGCUACGUAUCACACGCAGGAAUCCAUCCUGGAUGUCGGAGAUCUCGAGUCUGUCGAUGAACAGCCCAGCUCGCCAUUUCAGUACGACGCUCGAGACCCUACAGUUGACUUUCGGGUCCUCGGUAACCAACAAAUCUCGAGUGGGCUGAGAGAGUGCUCUAUGACUCCCAGAAAGCGCUCCUACAGUCAUUGUCCAGAAGAUGGGGAUGCGACGGACAGGUCAAGCGAGAGAAGCAAGAAGGGAAUGAGCCGACGUGACAUGCCAGACAUUCAAGUCUACGCCGAUGACGAGCCCCAAAUGCAUGAAAGAGAGAUGACAGGACGCACUGGGCACGAAAUUGCCACUAGCAUGGUCGAGAAAAAACGCAACGAGGGAAUGAGCACUGUCCUUGACGUACAUAAUAACUACGAUGAUUCGUUCUCCGAAAAAGAGAACCUGGAUAUGAAGGCUGCAGACGAUGUUAUGAAUGACGACUCUCAUGAUCCCAUGGAUGACACAUGUUUCAGUACUUUCUCUGCCGUUCCUAACGCGGACAUGACGUCGUUCGCGAACCUGCGAGGGGAUUCACCAUUCAAGACAGGCCGACAAUUACCCAGCAGCCCGGGAAGAAUGGAUGAAAAUCAAUCCAGAAGCCCCGCACCAGCUACCCCUGAUACUUCGAGGAGGUCACAAAGGCAAUCCGCACUCAUCGAUAUCGGCACGCCCAUCGCUUCUACUCCCAGGGGGCGAGAACGCAGGGAUAUGGAAAAUGCAAGCGAAACGCCAAACUUGCUUGACCUGACAGAUCAGCCCAACUUCUUUCCACGACAACGCUAUAGUAUCCAGAAGGAGAGAUAUUCACCCUCGCGACGUUCGCCGCUGAGGACUCUGCGGGAAUCAAUUCGGUCCCCUGCAAAGGUCUCGCUGCUCGACUUUGACAUUCCUGCGAUUCCGACGCCUAGGUCUAUACCGACCGUCACACCCCGGGAGCUGGAAUCUUUGAAAUCCGGGUUCCUCUCUGAAAUAUCGUCACUCAAAGCAACGCUGAGCGGGAAAGAGGCGGAAGUCUCCAGCCUGAAGAAUGCUGUUGCAGAUGCUGAACGGCGCGUUGGCGAAGCUCUUGAGGAAGUCCGUAAUGAAGCUGCGCGGAAAGAGGCUCUCGAAAUUGAGCAAGCCGAAUGGCAGCGGCGGGGUCAAGAGAUGGAAGACGUCUUGCGAACUGUUAGGGCAGAUAUUGUUGAAGGUGAACGGGAGAAGGAGCGGCUUAUUAGAAAGCUUGAGGAGGCGGAGAGAAGCCGGGAACAUCUGGAAAGGCGCAUGGUGGAGUUGGAGAGCCAGCUCUCGGCUGCGCGUAAGUCAGCUCCCAAUGAGACUGGCGACGACGGAAGUGCGCAGCGCACGACCGCUGCCGAGGAGACCGCAAGGGAAGUACAAGAUGCCGUCGAAAAGGUUGCACGUGAGCUCCACACUUUGUACAAGAGCAAACAUGAAACCAAGGUUGCUGCUUUGAAGAAGAGCUACGAAGCUCGGUGGGAAAAGCGCGUGCGAGAAGCCGAGAGCAAAUUCAAAGCCGUCAGUGAGGAGAAUGAACGGUUGAGAAACGAGCGCGAUGCUGCAUUGUCGGAGGCUUCCCGUCCUGAUGCUAGCAUCAUGGCCCACCAGAAUGAUGAGCACGAGGCAGAGAAACACGUUCUGGCGGCCCAAAUCAAGGGUCUGCAGCAAGAAAUGGAGACACUCAAGCAGGACAACGAACGCUUGCAUGCCGAGUUGAAGGUAGAGAGAGCAGAAAAGGGAGAGCUCGUCGCCGCCGUGGAUGAAUGGCUGGCAAUGCAGCAGAACGUGCCCCAGCCGUCCGCCCCCCCCGAGUCUCCCGUUGUGAGUGUUGAGUAUGAAACACCCGAGCCGGAGCCUGCCCCGGCACAGUCAACGGAAGAGUCCAGGAGAAGUAUUGGCCGCAGUGACUCCAGUGGUAUCCGGCCUGCUAGCACAGGAUCUGGCAGCGGAGAGAAGAGGAUUCCUAAGAUUGGCGCACCAACGGGCCGGCAUAUCAGAGGCAACAGCGGAGGCAAGUCCGGCAUUGCCGUUUUUACUCCAGGCCGCGGUCCAGGAGGUAUUAUGGGUUCCAUAGAACGCAUGGGACGUGGUGGUGUCUAG